UCUCUGAACCCUUUUCUACACUCCAAGCCCAUGAGCUCCCACCAUGCAAUCCGAUUCUAAUGCAGUCCAUGAGGCCAUGCCUCUCCUCCCUCUCCCCUUGCCGCUUCCUCUCCUGCUCCCCUUCUCCCUUCUUCUCCCUCUCUAGCCUCAGCCCCCGCCGCUCCCACGCCUUCCGGACCCUCUCCUCCCUCCGGGAGACGAAGAAGGCCACCCUUCGAAAGGCCUCCAACGUCCCCCGGAACCUCAAGUUCGACAACAGGAAGGGGAGGGACGAUGGGUCCGUCUCCGAGGACGGGGAGGGGGGCUUGGGGGGAGAGAACGCCGUGAAGGGCACCGUUCUCGCGGGGCUUCUGCUGGUUGGAGUAAUCGGGGGGUUCGGGACGGUGGGAUACGUCUAUAAGGACCAGAUCAAUGCCUUUCUCACCCAGUUCUCCGGUUUCAUUGAAGGUUAUGGUCCUGCUGGAUAUGCUCUGUUUGUACUUGUUUAUGCUGGACUUGAGAUUCUUGCAAUUCCAGCAAUCCCAUUAACUAUGUCGGCGGGACUUUUAUUUGGAAGUGUCACAGGGACCAUCAUUGUUUCAAUCAGUGGGACAGUGGCUGCAACUGUAGCCUUUCUUAUUGCUAGAUAUUUUGCCCGAGAACGUAUUCUCAAAUUGGUUGAAGGAAACAAAAAGUUUUUGGCAAUCGAUAAAGCAAUUGGAGAGAAUGGCUUCAGAGUUGUUACACUCCUGCGAUUGAGUCCUUUGCUCCCAUUUUCUCUUGGAAACUAUCUAUACGGUUUGACGUCAGUGAAGUUCGUACCUUAUGUGUUAGGCAGCUCAGUGAUUAAACAUGACUUGGCAUGCAGUUGGUUGGGGAUGCUUCCAGGGACAUGGGCUUAUGUAAGUGCAGGUGCAUUUGGCCGAGCUAUCAUUCAAGAAGAGUCAGAAGUGGGCUUACCAAGAGGAAAUGGCCAAUUAGUGACUCUUGGACUAGGCUUGUUAUUUACAGCCAUUGCCGCAGCUUAUGUAACUCGGCUUGCAAAGGAUGCUGUGAAGGAUAUUGAGUAGAAGCACAACUCGUUGCAAGAGAUUACAAGAAAAUGGGUGCCCCCCUGAUACAAAAUGUAAUUUAGAAGGUAUACAACUGCCUUGUACAUUACUGGCAUCUUUUGAUGCAAUAUAAUAUAAGGCAAUUAAUUUUUCCCAGUCA